AUGAUUUCUGUACGCUUCAAUUUCCUCAAAUAUUUAUAUCCGUCAUUAUGUUUUCUAACUUUAAUUUUAAUUACUUUACAACACAAUUCUGAUAAUUUACAAUCAGAAUUUAAAAAGGGAAAACAACUCAAAAUACUUGUAUAUUCCCCCUCUGUUAGUUGGAGUCACGCAAAAUUUUUGGGAAGAAUAGCGGAUACUUUAGUUGAUGCUGGCCAUGAAGUGGUUAGUUAAUUUAAUAAAUAUGAAUUUUCGUCUGAUUAUUACUGUUAUUGAACAUGAGAGAAUUAUUAAAUACGGAUUUACAUAGUGUUAUAUGGCUCUUGUUCAGAUUAUAUUCAAAUCUGCGCUCAAAUUUCGAAUGACUUCCUCUUUUUUAGCGGGACAGAAGAAAAUAUCUGGAAAAUUUUAACUCAUAUUGAAAUUCAAGAACUCACUUUUUCAGCCUCAUAUGUUCAUCUUAUAAUAGGC